AUGGUUUAUCUGAUUAAAUACAAUUCAACACAUGGACGCUUCAAAGGUGAAGUUUCAACUAUAAAAGGAAAACUCUUUGUAAAUGGAAAGAAAAUCAAUGUCCAUAAUGAAAAAGAUCCAUCAGACAUUCCAUGGAGUUUAGUCGGUGCUGAAUAUAUUGUUGAAUCAACUGGUGUAUUUACAACAAUUGCCAAAUGUCGAUCACAUUUACACGCCGGUGCUAAAAAGGUUAUAAUUGCAGCAUCAUCAGCUGAUGCUCCAAUGUUUGUUAUGGGAGUCAAUGAAGAUAAAUAUACAGAAAAGCAAACAAUCAUUUCGGCUACAUCAUAUACAACAAAUGCUUUAGCACCACUUGUUAAAGUUGUUCAUGAAAAAUUUGGUAUUAUUGAAGGUUUAAUAACAAUUAUACAUUCAUAUGCUGCUGCACAAAAAACUGUUGAUGAAUCAUCAAAUGAAAAUUGGCGUCAUGGACGUGGAGCUACACAAAAUAUUAUUCCAUCAUCAACUGGUGAUGUUAAAGCUGUUGGAAAAAUAAUUCCUAAUUUAAAUGGAAAAUUAACUGGUAUAUCUUUUCAUGUUCCGACACCUAUUGUCUCAGCUAUUGAUUUAACUGUUCGAUUAAACAAAGGAGCUAAAUAUGAAGAAGUUUGUGCUGCAAUUAAAGAAGCUGCCAAUGGUUUAUUGAAAGGUAUUUUGGGUUAUACUGAUGAUCAAGUUAUUUCAACAGAUUUCAUUGGUGAUACACAUUCAUUAAUUUUUGAUGCUACAGCAGAUAUUUCACUUAAUGAUAAUUUUGUCAAACUCAUUGCAUGGUAUGAUAAUGAAUACGGUUAUUCAAAUCGUGUUGUUGGACUUAUCAAAUAUAUUGCCAAGAAAGAUCUUGAAAAAUAA